AUGUUCCGAGGCCGCCGUGCCUGGUUCUCGCAGAGCGUCAGCCCCGGCCCGCGGGGGCUCUGGGUGGCCGGCGGAGGGGCACUGACCGACUGGCUGGAUGCCGAGUACCUCUUCAGCAGCGAUGCCACCCACCCCGACACACGCAGCAUACACGAGAGCCUCAGAUACUUGGAGGGCAGAGCCACAGUCUUUCACUCCUGUUACCUCUCUGCAUGUGAGCGUGCUGGCGCCACGGAGAAGCCUUCGGUGGUUCUGGGCCACUUCGUCCUGCCCCCUGCCUGCCUGCAAGAAGAAAUCAGAAGGAAAAUCGGCUGUUUUAUUUGGGAGCAGGUGGAUGUCCUUGAAGAAAAGCCCAACGGAAAUCCAACAGAGGAAGCGGAGGCGGUAAGAAAUGGCUGUGAGGAAGAACCUGAGGGGGAAGCGCUAGACCUGGAUAAGAGCAGCGAAGAAACAGGCUCUGAAGCACCUUCCCAGGGGGAAUUUCCAUACCGUGCCCUCCAGAAAUACCCAAUGAAUAACAUGGUGACAGGCUACACCUCCUCCCGGGACAUGAAGAAAUAUGAAGGGGAGCUCCACGACUUCAUCCCCGGCACGUCAGGCUACACAGCCUACUGGGUUCAAACCAAAAUUAGCAUUUACUGUGAGAGGAAGACCAAAAUGAAGAGGAAAUUGUAAUGCAUAAGUGGCUGGAGCAGCAAAAACUUCCCUAUUUAAGAGCUGCCAGAGAGGAUUUAUAAAUUAUCCGACUGCAGCUCAACAUGUUCAAUGUGUAUUCAAACACUUGUUAAAUUUACCGCAAAUAUUUCAAGUAACUACCUAA